CUGUUCAAAAUGUCGUCCUCCUGCAUAUGACAAUAACACUCGUGUUUUUGAAUAGAACUGAAGGGAUUUAAUAACAGCAGUGAGGAUGUGUCGAGCAGCGGACGGCAGCGGGACGGGAGGCAAGCAGAAGCCGGGCAUCAGUGAGCGGGAGGCGGAAUACAAGGGCCCGGGGCUCCGGGGAGUUAAAACCACCUCACUGUUCCGUGCUGUCAACCCGGAGCUCUUCAUCAGACCUAAUAAGCCAGUGAUGUUUUUCGGGCUGGUGACCAUCAGUCUGUGUGUCGGGUAUCUGGGUUAUCUUCACGCCAUCAGAGACCGAGACCAGCAGCUCUAUGAGGCCAUAGACAGUGAUGGAGAGACUUACAUGAGGAAAAAAACCUCCAGAUGGGACUGAUAGAGACUAAACCACUACUGACACUCAACUCUCCUAUUAUAUCAAACUACGUUAUCAUUAUGAAAUGAAGUAAAUGAUGCAUUUCUGUCCUUUAUAACCAUCACAUUUUGUCAGAAUGCACAGAAGGAAAUAGUUUGACCAGCAGCUUGACAAAAUCAGAUUUAUUUUAAACCGAGCAGGUUGCUGAAAUGUUGAGGUCCCGAAGCUGUUUUAAUUUCAUUACUAGACUCACAGAAUAAAUGAAUCCUUUCUGACUCUUAUGUUUACAAUGACAUUUGUAGCUGAACGUUUAUGCGUGCUGUAACAUUCAUGUUAUGUGUAACUACAUCAACAAACACAGACUGAACGAGAAAUUUUAUAGUAUUUAUAUUUGUGUAUUUGUAUAUUUGUAUUUAAAAUCUAUGUUGCUGUUUUUUUUA